AUGGCUGGUCAGUGUUUUGACGGAGAAGUGGUUUGGAUGCCCAUCUUAAAUGCAGAGAAGGUUCUUUGCCUGAAAGUGGUGCCAGAUUCGCCCCUACUGUCAACUGCUGCGCACGUUCUGGAUACCUGCAUGCAGCUAGAGACGACGCGGAGUCGCAUGGAAGCGACUGAAACAGAUGUCACCGCUCAAGUGCUGGCCGUCCUGCGUCAUGCAGGCAAGUGGCCUGCCGAAACAUGUGCUUCCAUGAUUGAGCUGGACGAUACGAGGGCUGUAGGAAUGGGGUCCAACAUCAAGCACAGGAGGCGUGCCGCUUGGCUUGCGUUGGCCUUGGCCUACGUGGUCUCUGCAGGGCACCGGCGACAUGUUAGCAAUGAGCACCUAACCCAGACCGUGACAAGCUGUGGGCUGGCGAGCUUGGCUACAGAAGCAUGGAACACAAAACGGAUGCCCCUCAGCUAUCCCUCCGUGGAAGAUGCUGCUCCCACCGUUGCCACCAGGGACGUCAGGGGCUCUGCAGUGCCUGCCGCAGGCUUUUCAGCCCCUGCCCCAAGGGCUCCACCCAGCAGCUCCAGCGAGCUGCAGAUUCGGGCCCGCCAGUUGGGUGCAGAUGAGACGGUAGUGAAUGACCCAUUCAUGACUGUAGAUGAGACUCUGGGAUCUGUCCUCUGCGCAGCCUGCGGCAAGCACUUUACGCCAGAGCAUGGGAUGAAUCGGAGGCACUUGAACUAUCGGAGAAACGUCCGGGAGACCCUCAUGUGGGUGCGGAACGAACGCAAGACCUGUCUGGGCAUACUCCAAGCCCAGGAGGAAAACCAGGUGACCCAGACCACGGCCGUGCCGAUGCCCCGUCCUGGCCCAACCAUGGCUGCAGCUACUCAGCAUGACAGCGACAGCGUUUGGGGGGAUGAUUUUGAGGUCACCGGAGCGACCCACGUGCCGGCGCAAACAGAGCCGGUAAACUCUUGGGAAGAUCUGGCCGUCCCAGACACGCCGACCCUAGAAGAAACCUACGACUUUGCCAUGCAGCUCUAUUCGAACUUUCGGCCGAAUGCUGGACUACGAAAGCAUUCUUUCAAGGAUCCCCUCGGUGUUGAGGAAGUGUGA